GUACAUCUGGUAACGAGGGAGAUAUGGCGGAUUGCACUUGUCGCCAUGAAAAUUUUGCCAUUUAGUUGGGUCGAUUUGAUUGUUCUUACUCUAUGCUACAUGUGGAUGGGGAACACGGCCAAGUAUGGUUUGCACCGGCCAAGUAAGGGACCCCUUUAUUUGAAAAUGAACACUCUAUUCUACCCCGUUGUGGAUGCUGGCACUUUCUCAAAGAUUAAAUCCGGCGAGAUUGAGGUAUUUCCUGAAAUAACAGCUAUCGAAGGCAAGAAUGUUGACUUCGUGAACGGGAAGCAGCGCCGCUUUGAUGCUAUUAUUCUCGCAACGGGUUAUAGAAGCGCGGUUAAGAAGUGGCUUAAG